CGGCAAUUCUUCACGAAGUUCUCCCGAUUAUAUCCCGUCUUCUAGAAGACUAACACCCACAUAGAACCACAUACUAUUGACAUAGAGCCCACCCUCUUUGAACUACACAUCUCCGACAACGGCCGAUAGUCCCCCCAACUAAUGGACCCCAAGCCGAACUCCGAAGAUAAAGCAGAUAAGAUCGGGGGGCUAGGCCGUUAUCCACCUACUAUCGACCACAUCUACUACGUUGGGGCGGGAUAAACGGCUAAAACGUUGGGCGAUCGACUCAUGUAUAUAUUGCGGUGAGAGCCGACUGAACAGGGUCGUAGUAAACAUCUCUCAGACCUACACUCAAUUUUUGGAUACCACUCACUGUAGAAAUAUUAUCACGAUGGGCUCCACAACAACAAACACGAUGCUCCCCCCAAAUAACCCCAUCACUCCCUUCUGGCGCACCCAACUCGACCCGCUCGAUGACAUCCGGAGCACCCCCGACCUGCCCCCGCAAAGCGACAUCGCCAUCAUCGGCGGCGGCUACUCAGGCGUCACGCUAGCUUACUAUCUCCUCAAACAGCUCGCUGAGCAGGGUGACAAGCCUACUACUAUCACGCUGCUCGAGGCGAGGCAGAUUUGCUCGGGCGCGACGGGUCGAAAUGGUGGCCAUCUCCGCCCCGACAUUUACGGUCACAUUCCCACCUACAUUGAGCGCUCCGGGCUAGAAGCGGGCCUGGAGAUCGCCGAGUUCGAAUACGCCCAUAUCCAAGCGCUGAAAGAUCUCCUCCGCGAGGAGAACAUCGACUGCGAUUUGAACAUUACCCGGAACAUGAAUGUGUAUCUGGAUGAAGAGUCGGCAGAGAAAGCCAAGCUCGCGUAUGAGAUGUUGCAGGCGAGGGGGGUCAAGUUGGCUGAGGAUUUGCAUUAUACAGGGAAAAGGGAUGCGGAGGUGAUAUCAGGCGCUCACAACGCCAAGGCCUGCAUCUCCUACACAUCAGGCACACUUUGGCCCUACAAAUUCAUUCUCGGCCUACUAAGCAAAAUCAUCAAAUCCCCGCAAUUAAACGUCCAAACCCACACCCCAGUGACAUCCAUCACUACAGAAGACAACAUCCACACCAUCUCCACUCCCCGAGGCACUCUCCGCGCCGGUAAAAUCGUCUACGCCACAAACGCCUACACCGCCGGCUUACUCCCCGAGUAUUCGGCAAACAUCAUUCCCUGCAAGGGAAUAUGCUGCCAUAUCACGGUCCCUGAGGGAGAGGGCAAGAAACCCGCACCGUUCCUCCCCUACUCGUAUGCAAUCGGGUACGGAUCCGACGUUGUCGGCGGGGGCAGUUAUCUGAUUUCCAGACCGGAUGGAAGUAUUAUUGUGGGUGGAGCGCAGGCGACAUUUAAGAAUAAGCGGGAGGAAUGGUAUGGUGUUGUGGAUGAUACGACGUUGAUUGAGUCGGCGAAGAAUUACUAUGAUGGGUACAUGCAGCGGACGUUUAGGGGGUGGGAGGAUAGUGGGGCGUAUGUGAAGGAGAUUUGGACGGGUGUUAUGGGCUACUCGGCCGACUCGCAUCCGCAUAUCGGCGAAGUUCCCAAUAAACCCGGCCAGUAUGUCUGUGCUGGGUUUAAUGGCCAUGGAAUGCCGGUGAUUCUGCUGUCCGCCAAGGGACUGGCGGAGAUGAUUCAGAAGGGGAAGAAGUUCGAGGAGACGGGGAUGCCACGAUUGUUUAAGACGAGUGUAGAGAGGAUGGAGAAGGCGAGGAAUGGGCCGGAGGGGGGAGAUAUUUUUGCAUAGGAUGCUGAUAUACAGUUGAUAUUUCACGUUGGCGUAUCACUGAGGGGAUGUCUAUA